AGCCAAGAACACGGAAGUGACAGUGUGGCUGGAGGCUCGCUGUGCUGUUUCGCUGAUUAUUGGAGCUUUGUAUUGAUUGUUGAUGAUGACUGGGGCGCGACCCUGAUCCCACUGAAGCUGCUCGCACUAGGGCUCGUGCUGGCUUCGGGUCUGGCUAUGGACUGCGGUUGGGAGGAGUCCACCAACCCCAACCAAGUCCCGGACUUCGAGGCUGGCGGAGCGCGGCUGCUGGACGAUGUGCUGGAGCUCGAUCCCGAGAGUUGCCGGACGAAUUGCUGCGCGCUCCCAGACUGCGACCUGGCCGUGGUCGGGUUUCCAGCGGACGGACCGACCCACUGCACGCUGGUGUCCUGUGGGGACGGCCACGACGCCUGCGCACUGCGCCCCAGUAGCCAGUUCGAGGUUUACCGUAAGAUCGUGGCGGAAAAGGCCGACGGAGAGGUGCAGGAGGGCGGCCAGGAGGAGAGCAUCGUGCCGCAGGUGCAACGCUGGGAGCCGCGGAGCAACGGGUCCAACAACAGCCCAGUUCUCCCUGAUGAGUCCACUCCUGCUCCUCCUGCUGUUAAAGCUCCUCGGAUGGCUCCAAAUGUUCCGGAUGAAUCUGAUCCAGAAUCUGCUGACUUUGACAAAUCCGAGAUAACUGCCGAGGGGAAUGAGUACUGCGAGGCUAAGCCUGAACCAGGUCCCUGCAGAGCAUCGCUGAGGCACUGGUACUACAACCGAGAGACAGGAAGCUGUGAGACGUUCAUGUACGGAGGCUGCAGAGGAAACAAGAACAACUACCUAACCAAAGAGAGCUGCAUGCAGACCUGCACAGUGUCCGUCCUGCCAUCCUCUAAGAAAGCUGCCGAUGAGGACUCCUCAGACAGCAAGGGGAUGUGCACAGAGAAGCCGGACUCCGGGCCCUGCCGUGCCGCCUUCACCAUGUUCUACUACGACCUAGACUCCGCCUCCUGCCAGCCCUUCACAUAUGGCGGUUGCCGUGGCAAUAACAACGGUAUGGCAGCAAGGACGAGUGCAUGAGUAGCUGCAGUGGAGGUCGGUUUGACUUUCAUGAUAAAGUCCGUAACCACUGGACCGCAGCCUUCUUCCUCUUCGUCACACUGACAGCCAUCUCUGCCCUGCUGCUGGCCACGCUCAUCAUCAUCACACUGAGGCGGCACCGCCUCUCCGUCGCCGAUCCUCCAGCGAUAAGGAGGAGCUGCUUCCAGACGAGCAGGCGUCCCUGGACUCCCUCCCCCUCCCUGAGAGCCCCAAACUGGAUCAGAAGGCCUGAGGGGGCAUGGCUGAAGGCGUCGCUGAGUGUGGGGGCAGGGCUUGUUGUGAUGCCGCUGUCAGAGAUGCUUGAAGGUCUCAGCUAAAUAAAACAUCUCCUUUCCUUCGUGUUGCAGCACAAUUACACUGCGUCUGUUACUGAGUAAUCAAUCACUGUAUCGAUCUUCACUGAUCAGAGCUUUAACUUCCUGAUAUUAAAGGAGCAGUCCUCCUAAUUUAACCAAUCGCAUUAGUGAGACAUUUGAUGAAGACGUUUAGUUUAUGUUAGUUGUUGUUUUCUUUUUUUCUUUUUUUACAUAAUCAAUCACUCCGUGUGAAGCUUUAGAUUACCCCAUCAAGCAAAACAUCUGAACCACUAAUCAAAGUGAAUCUCGAGUCGGGUCAGGUGAUCAGUGUCCGUAUGUCAUGUGAUCUGUACCUCACAGGUGAUAAAACUAAACAAAGUUUUCUAAUUUGAACAUGAAAUUGAUCAGAAGUGUUGUAGAAGGCAAUAAUUACUGAAGUGACGGAUCAUAAAUCAAUAUUGACGAUUAACAGAACAUCACCUCUGUGCAGUGACACACCUGUCAGGUGCUGAGGAGUCACUUUAAAAAGAACAUUUGGUGAUGAUGUGAUCACAGCAGCAAGCAGCUGGUUGGUUGAGUGUGGACCAUCUGUGCCUUGGUGUCUACUAAUCCCCUCACAGAUGCUCCACCCAGUUCACGCAGGUACCAUCCAGUGGAGCUAAAUCUGAUUCUCAGACUGCAAGUUCUGUUGCUCAGGUGUGCAUUGGGUGGGCGGAGUCAGUUUGAGCUUCUAUGUGGAGGGAGUAGUACACAGCAGUGACACUAACUUUAAUGAAGACUUUCAGCUUAAACUCCUGUUUCUGCUUUUGGCAGUUUUCAGACUCCACCCAUCAAACUCUCCAAUGGGUUUCUUUUUCUGCUGAGCAGCCCUUUAACCUCGUGCACCUGUGCCAGGUGUGUUACUCUGUGUAAACAUAGAUGUUCAUUGAUCAUGAGUAAUGAUCCGUGAUGUCAUUGAUUCCAUUGAUCAGUAAUAGUUUUUUUUCAGUGUUCCAGUUUUGUGUGAAAUUAUAAAAUUGUUUGUUUCUCAUGUUUAAAUAAACGGAUGGGGGUCGUUGAUCAUCUCAGGGGCAGGUCUGUGGCUGCACUAUUUUCUAACUAAUUACAGUGUAUCCUUUCGCCCAGUGGUGAGCUCAGAGAAGAAUGUGGUGCAGGUGCUUCUGGACCUGCAGCUCCUCCGUGGUUCACAACUGUAACUAAAGUGUGUGUGUGUAAUCAGCUCAGGUGUGUUUAAUCAGAGCAUUCAGUGCAGCAUCUCCUUCAGCUGGACGCUAGAGGACUUCAGCUCACUCAGAUUAUUGAUCAGACCCCAACCUGAGGUCAAACUGAGCGCACAACAGGUCCCACGAUGCACCUGGGGACUUGCUGGCUCCUCCUGCUGGGGAAACUGCACUGGGCCUGUUAAGGUGAUUUCUUUGUUUUAAUACUGUUUUAUCUUUAUUAGCUGUAAACUGUGUCGGGUUUAAGAAAACUCUUAAUAAACUUUUAUUUUACUCUGAAAACCUCUUCCACAUUUUGUAUGGAUCAGCGUAAUAAAUAAUCUGAUUAUUUCA